AGGGCUAGCUGCUGGAAAAGUACAGAAAGCAAAAGAUAAACCUAAAGGCCUUGCACAAAAGCUGACUGACUAUGUGAUGAGCACUGGUUUUGUAAGAGACCAAAUAUUCAAGAAAGCAAAAGCACAAGUUAUGAAGCAAACACAGGGACUGUAUCCUGCACCUCUCAGAAUUCUCGAUGCUAUGAAGACUGGUGUUGAGAAGGGACCCACUGCUGGGUACUUGGCCGAGGCUGAAGGAUUUGCUCAAUUAGCAAUGACGAAUGAAUCAAAGGCAUUAAUUGGGUUGUUCCACGGUCAGACUGAGUGUAAAAAGAACAGCUUUGGCAAACCAGAGAAACCAGUCAAGACUCUUGCUGUUCUUGGUGCCGGACUGAUGGGAGCCGGUAUUGCUCAAGUCAGUAUUGAUAAGAAAAUGCAGGUCUUGUUAAAAGACAUGUCAUUGGAAGGAGUUGGUCGAGGCAGGAGCCAAAUAUACAAGGGAUUUGAUAAGAAAGUAAAAAGAAAGCGUCUUACAAGUUUUGAACGCGAUCUGAUCAUGUCUAAUUUAUCCUGUCAAGUAAACAAUGAUGAUUUUGAUAAAGCUGAUAUGGUGAUUGAGGCUGUAUUUGAAGAUAUUAAUAUUAAACAUAAAGUUCUGAAAGAAAUUGAAGCUGUUAUCCCAGAUCACUGCAUCUUUGCAUCAAAUACAUCUGCACUACCAAUUACUAAAAUUGCAGAAGUCAGCAAGAGACCAGAAAAGGUGAUUGGAAUGCAUUAUUUUUCACCAGUCGAUAAAAUGCAACUUUUAGAAAUUAUCACCACGGAGAAGACGUCAAAGGAUACAGCGGCGUCAGCGGUUGACGUAGGACUUAGACAAGGCAAAGUUGUCAUCACUGUUAAAGACGGGCCAGGUUUCUAUACAACUAGAAUCUUAGCACCCACGUUAUCGGAAACUAUUAGAAUACUCCAGGAAGGAUGGAGUCCAAAGCAACUUGACAAAUGGUCUAAAAGUUAUGGUUUUCCUGUAGGAAUUGCAACAUUAUUAGAUGAAGUAGGUAUUGAUGUAGCCUCACAUGUUGCACAGGAUCUUGGUAAAAUAUUUGGUGAAAGGUUCUCAGGUGCUAAUAAUGAAGUCUUGAUAGAUAUGGUAGAUGCUGGAUUUUUAGGUCGUAAAUCUGGUAAGGGUAUAUUCAUGUAUGAGCAAGGUUCCAAGGAACGUCCAGUGAAUGAAGGCGCCGAGGCAAUAUUUAAGAAGCAUCACAUUGCCCCCCGUGGCAGGAAUGCUGAUGAAGAUUUCCAGUUGAGAUUGGUGACAAGAUUUGUAAAUGAAGCAGUUCUUUGUCUACAAGAGGGGGUACUCACUAAUCCUGUUGAAGGUGAUAUUGGUGCAGUGUUUGGUCUUGGAUUUCCACCCUUCCAUGGAGGUCCAUUCCGAUUUGUAGACACCUUUGGUGCUGAUAACUUGGUGAAGGUCAUGGAGGAAUUCCAAGCCACGUACGGCAAUCAAUUCAAACCCUGUCAGCUUUUGCUUGAUCACGCCAAGAAUACACAAAAACGCUUUCAUGUCAAGAAAUAAUAUAGUAUUGUAAACAAUUUAUUCUGUGGUUUGAGUUGGUUAGUUUUUGUUCUCAAUUUUUCUAUAGUCAUUCAUAUUUGGACAACUGUACUUUUCCCGUAUGCAACCAUCGGGAUCUGACUUCCUGUAAAAUUGCUGAAGGCCAAAUAAAAUCCAUCUUAUCUUGUAUUAAUAUAAGUUUUACAAACUGUAGGAUUCUUUCAAUGCCCAAGGUGAAUACCAUGUAGAUAGCAUUAGUUGGUAGUGUCCGUCACAAAGUGAUUUUUCACUGCCAUAUUUGGAACCAUGGACUACAAAAGAAUGUUGUGUUUAUAUGCCUGGUCCUAGCGAGCAUUUCAUUUACCGAGUAUUGCUUGAGUUGGUAUUUGUCCUGUGCUAUACAUCCAACCAUUUCAGUUUUUAUCUGUACUCCCUCUGAUUUAGUUUCUGUUUCUGUGUAUGACCAAGUGUUCUCUCUGCAUUUAUGUGUAGAGAUGCUGUCAUCGUGAAUUACAACUCUGGUAUUGUGAAUGACUAACUGAAAUCUGAAGUGCAUACAUAUGGUGGAUCUGCUAAAUCAUUAGUAACAGGGGGUGCAGAUACAAUGUGGGAUUGGCUCUAUAGUCAUACUUGAUUGAAAACUACAUGUUCAGCAAAUGUCUCAAUGAUUUUAAGAAUUGUAAUUGUUUUAAAGUUUUCAAUCCUGAUCAUUAUUGAUGAUGAUCUACCGAAUUCACCAAUUAGACAGAAGCUAAUGACGAAAAUCAAUUUUUAGUGUACAUUAUCUUGCACUAUCAAUGCAAAAUGAACUUUGGUGCAAGUCUAGACAGGGUUUGUACAGUCCCGGAAUAUACUGGAAUGUCCUAGAAUUUGAAAGAUGUCCUGGAAAAUGUACAAUCAGUAUAAAAAAACUAUUAAUUAAAGCGGGGGAGUCGUCACCUGUGCAUGCGUCAGAUGGCCAUAGUUUGUCAUUGUUUACAAACAAGCAUCUACCCAUGAGCCUUUGCGUUUUUAGCAUGUAAUAGUCGCUUGGGACUCAAUUCUCGCACAUGCGCAGGUGACAACCCUUCCUCUUUAAUCAUUGGUAAGAUCAGUGUCAAAAGCUAGCUAUCUACCGGUAAUUAGGAACCACUACAAUUCUAAAUUGAAGGGGAAAAAAAUUGAAAAUGACUAGAAAACUGAUAUAAAAAGUUUUGGAAUUUCUUCGAUUUCCAAUGUACAAACCCUGCUUGAAAACAAUUAUCUGCACAGACUUGAUUACAUUGCUACUGUGGUCGCAUUUGUAUAUAUAUUUUUCUUAUUUUGGUAUGUUUACCAACACCACUCACUAUGUAUACCUUACUAAUGGUAAAGUCAGUUUUCAAUUUCUUGAGUGCCUUUAUUUUAGCUAAGGUGCUAUGGCACAUGUAAAUGCAAGUAACUCUUGUAGUUGGUCAAAAUAAAUGUUUUAUCAGAAUA